AUGGUUUUGAGUAUGUCAAAGGGGCCAAGAGAGCAGGAAGGAACAACCCUAUUUGAUCAAGCUGAAGUCAAAAGAAAAGAAACUGAUAAAACAUUGACUAAACACAAUCAACAAAAACCAAAAGUACUCCCACCUUUAGUGAAUGCCAUAACAACAUCAGUCAAGAAAAAUUCAGCUCCUUUCCAUUUUCCUGGUCACAAAAGAGGCAUGGCUGCACCAUCUUCACUAAUCGAUGUUAUUGGUAUUGGUCCAUUUCUUCAUGAUGCAACUGAGCUCCCAGAGCUUGAUAGAUUUGGUUAUCCAACUGGACCUUUAUUAGAUGCACAACAAAUGGCUGCUGACCUCUUUGGUGCAUCUCAGACAUGGUUCUUAGUUUGUGGCACAACUUGUGGGAUUUUAGCAGCAAUUAUGUCAACUUGUUCACCUGGUGAUACUUUAAUCCUUGCAAGAAACUCACAUGUUUCAGCAACUUCAGCAAUGGUGCUUUGUGGUGCUCUACCAAAUUACAUUCUUCCUGAAUAUAAUCUUCAAUGGGAUAUUGUUGGAGGUGUUACCCCCUCACAGGUGAAAAUGGCAAUUGAAGAACUAGAACAAGAAGGCAAAAAGGCAGCAGGAGUUUUUAUUACAUCACCAACUUACAAUGGAGUAUGCAGUAAUAUUUCUGAGAUAUCUCAAAUAUGUCACUCUCAUGGGAUACCUCUAAUUGUGGAUGAAGCUCAUGGUGCUCACUUCAAAUUUCAUCCUGACAUGCCUAAAACUGCUCUUUCUCAAGGAGCAGAUCUUGUCAUACAAUCUACACACAAAGUUUUGUGCUCAUUUUCACAAUCAUCAAUGCUACACUUAUCCGGGGAUCGCAUCGAUAGAGAUAGAGUGCACAAAUGUCUUCAAUCUUUACAAACCACUAGUCCAAAUUGGCUUUUAUUAGCUUCCUUGGAUGCAACUAGAGAUGAAUUAAGUAAAAAUCCAAACACCCUUUUCAAUGAAGUAAUGGAACUAGUCAUACAAGUGAAAGAACUAAUAAACCACAUUCCUGGAGUCUCACUUUUGGAUCUCUCAUGUUUCUCCAACAACUUCUCUUUUAUGGACCCUUUGAGGAUGACAAUUGGUGUACAAGAACUUGGCUUAUCGGGUUUCGAUGCAUAUAACAUACUGUCAACAAGUCAUGGAAUUGAGCCAGAACUUAUUGGAACUCAAUCUUUCACAUUAGCCUUUAGCUUAGGAACAACUAAAGAACAUGCUCAAAGACUUGUUAGUGGAUUGAAGUAUUUAUCAAUCAACUUCUUGCAAGAAGAAAGGGAGAUUAUCAAAAUAGAUCAUGGUAUAGAAAGGGUACCAUUUGGAGAAGUUUACAUGAGUUGUACACCAAGAGAAGCCUUUUUUGCUAAGAAAAAGAAAGUGAAUUUUGAAAAAAGUAUUGGGGAAGUUUGUGGAGAAUUUAUUUGCCCUUUCCCUCCAGGUAUCCCAGUGCUAAUCCCAGGUGAAAUCAUCACAAAGAGAGCUAUGGAUUAUCUCAUUCAAGUUAAGGACCAAGGAGCUUUUCUUAAAGGGGCUGUUGAUCCUCUACUUAGCACUGUGGUUGUUUGUGAUUUUUGAGAAAUAUUAUAUUUCAUGUCAAUAAAGUUGACCAUUCAUGCUACAU